ACAUUGAAAACAUUUUAUGAGCUGUGUUUAACCAUCUUGGUAUAAUUUAACUUUCUUUCUGAUUUCGCUUUUCCUGGAGGGGAUCUGGCUCCACUUAACAACACUCGACCUAUUCUUGCAUGUAGCUGGCAGCUAACACAGAAACAAAUGUGGUUAUGAUAAUAUUUACCCUGGGGUCAAAUAUCCCUUUGUCCUCUUUUCCAGAUCCGCUGCCUACGCCUCUAGCGGGACGGCCGACGGAAGAUUUUGAUGAGGAGGGGUUCUGCCAGCCGUACAGAGGCAUCGCCUGCGCCCGCUUCAUCGGCAACCGCAGCAUCUUUGUCGACUCGUUGCAGAUGCAGGGUGAAAUAGAGACCCAGAUAACUGCGGCCUUCACCAUGAUCGGCACGUCCAACCAUCUCUCCGAUCGCUGCUCUCAGUUUGCCAUCCCAUCUCUCUGUCACUUCGCCUUCCCGACCUGUGACCGCAGCUCGGGCGCCGACAAACCACGGGACCUGUGCAAGGAUGAGUGUGAGAUCCUGGAGAAUGACUUGUGCAAGACCGAGUACAUCAUCGCCCGCUCGAACCCGAUCAUCCUGAAAAGGCUGAAGCUGCCUAACUGUGAGGAUCUGGCAGCCUCAGACAGUCUGGAGGCAGCCAACUGUCUGAGGAUCGGCAUCCCCAUGGCGGAGCCGAUUAACAAAAAUCACAAGUGUUACAACAGCAGCGGAUCAGAAUACCGCGGCACCAUCAGUAUGACCAAGUCCGGCCGUCAGUGUCAACCGUGGAAUUCCCAGUAUCCACAUAGCCACAACUUCCUGGCUGCACGCUACCCGGAACUCAACGGGGGUCAUUCGUACUGCCGCAAUCCGGGAAACAAACAUGAGGCCCCCUGGUGCUUCACGCUGGAUGAAGGGGUCCGCAUGGAGCUCUGCGACAUUCCCAUCUGUGACCAUAAGGAGAAGUCUGGUGGUGGCAACAUGGAGAUCUUGUACAUUCUGGUCCCAAGUGUGGCCAUCCCGCUGGCCAUCGCCUUGCUCUUCUUCUUCAUUUGCGUGUGCCGCAACAACCAGAAGUCCGCCAGGCCACCUGCCCCUCGCCAGCCCAAACCGGUCCGUGGGCAAAAUGUCGAGAUGUCCAUGCUCACAACAGCAUACAAGCCAAAGAGUAAGGCCAAAGAGCUUCCCCUGUCGGCGGUGCGUUUCAUGGAAGAGCUUGGAGAGUGCUCACUGGGGAAGAUAUACAAGGGUCAUUUGUACUUGCCGGGCAUGGACCAAGCACAACUGGUCGCCAUCAAGACCUUAAAGGGCAUCACGAGUGUCCAGCAGUGGAGUGACUUUCAGCAGGAGGCCGCCGUGCUGACAGAGCUGCAGCACCCAAACGUGGUGUGCCUGCUGGGUGUGGUGACCCAGGAGCAGCCUGUCUGUUUGCUGUUUGAGUUUCUCCCUCAGGGCGACCUUCACGAGUUCCUCAUCAUGCGUUCGCCACAUUCGGACGUAGGCUGCAGCAGUGAUGAGGACGGAACCGUUAAAUCCAGCCUGGAUCACGGCGACUUCCUCCAUAUGGCCAUACAGGUUGCUGCUGGGAUGGAGUACUUGGCCAGUCACUUUUACAUUCAUAAGGACCUUGCGGCACGGAACAUUCUAGUUGGCGAGCAGCUCCACGUGAAGAUAUCCGACCUGGGCCUCUCACGAGAGAUCUACUCGUCAGACUACUACUGCAUCCAACCCAAAACCCUUUUUCCUAUCCGCUGGAUGCCGCCCGAGGCUAUCACCUACGGAAAGUUCACCACAGACUCGGACAUCUGGUCCUUUGGGGUGGUGCUGUGGGAGGUCUUCAGUUACGGCCUGCAACCUUAUUAUGGCUUCUCCAACCAGGAAGUGAUGGAGAUGGUUCGAAAAAGGCAGCUGCUGCCCUGUCCUGAAGACUGUCCACCAAGGUUCUAUGGUUUGAUGACCGAGUGCUGGCAGGAGGGGCCAGCGAGAAGACCUCGCUUCAAGGACAUCCACAGCCGCCUACGAGCCUGGGAAGGGCCGUCAUCUCACGCAAGCUCCAGCACGCCCUCCGGUGGCGGCGGCAACGCCACCACCCAGACCACCUCACUGAGCGCCAGCCCCGUCAGCAACCUGAGCAACCCUCGCUACGCCGCCGCGGGUUAUCUCUACCCGCCCCAGUCGAUCCCCUCGUCGGGCCAGAUGGCUCCCAUUCCAGCAUGGGCACCCAUGGCGGUGCCUCAAACACACCCACGUUUCAUCCCCGUCAACGGCUACCAAAUUCCACCAGGAUAUGCGGCUUUCCCUGCGCACUUCCCUCCCCCGGCGCCGCCCGCUCGGGUGAUCCAGCAUCACCUGCCGCCCCCUAAAAGCCGUUCGCCCAGCAGCGCCAGCGGCUCCACCAGCACAGGUCACGUCAGCGGCGGUCCCUCCACCACGGGCUCCAACCACGACGCCAACACGCCGCUGCUGUCACACUGCAUCAUGCCGGGGAACGGCGGAGGCCCGGUCCAAGUGUAUGGACAGCUAACACAGAAGACGGUGGGACAGCUGGACCACACGCAAACAUCAGCGCUGCUCGUGCCUGACUCUGACAUGCUGAUGUAUAAUGACACUGUCAUCACUGCAGACCUGUAGAUUACAAAAAAAAAAAAAAAACAGGAUGCUCAUCGUCUCCCACUUGCGAAAUGUUGCCUCUCAUCCAGCCACCCGGGCAAAGAAUUAAAUGGCGACUGUGUGGAGAUUGGCCUGAACAAACAUUUGGGCCUGCGCCAACCACACACGUACAUUCAUCCCUCAAUUUUCUUCACAGCUUGUACUUCUUAGGGUCACAGGGAAGCUGGAGUCUAUGCCAGAUGACUUUGAGCAAGAGGCGAGGUACGUUCUGGACUGGUCUCCAUCCAAAUCCCACAACAUGUUAACAAGUGUACUUAAUAUCAUUGCGUUUCAAAUAUAUGUUGCGUCGUUAUUUUAGCCUUUGUACAAUAUACCUAAAUACAGAAUGAAUGAAUGAAUGAAUGAAGGAAUGAAUGAAAUUCGAGGUUAUAAGAGAACUUUUAAUGAUGGCGUCAUAGAAGAAGUUGCCUCCAAGUGUAAGUGGAUGAUGUUGCAGUUUAAUAGAGCACCAGUGUCAGUCAGUUAAUAAUUAUCAGGAGACUUUCUAGCUUCAGCGUGACUUACUUUCAGUCGUAUGUUUGAAAAUACAAAUUCAGUUUAUCAAGCCUUUUCUAUGAAGCAAUAACUAGAAAUUGCACUGACAUGACAUGCUCAAACCAACAACAUGCCACAAGUGAAAUUUAAGGUUUUCCGCCUUUAGGCGCCAAAGAUUAUCUUUAACAUUUGGGUUGAUGCAUCAAUCUGGCAGCUAACCACAUAUUUCUUAGCUUGCUUUUUCUCUGCUAUUUUGUGCCUUACUUCCAGAAAAUAUCAAUCAAUCAAGUCAUCUGCCACGGAUGUCAUCAUACAUAGAAGCUGACGUGUCUAAGGUCACAUCGGUUGUCCUAUAUAGCCAUUAUUUUCCCCAUCUCUCAAUCUCACAAAGGAACAUUUUAGUUUUUUUGUUUUUUUGUUUUUUAAUGUUUGGAUUUUGAAGGAAAUUGUCCUUAUUUGGUUACUGCCUCAUUAAAGAUGUGGGGAGUUGUGCUACCUUUUUAUGAUGAAAUAUGUUAAUUUUUUUAUAUGCAUGAAUUAUUACCGCCUCAACCAGAAGAAUGUUAUUAUAUUUAAUUAGACUGAAGAAGAAAAAACAAUGUUUGCCCUUGAAAAGGAUUCCUGUUUGGACUGAGGCUGUAAUAGAGAAAGACUUCACAAGUGUACUUACAGUAUUUGGACAGCAAUUCGAAUAUUCACACUUUUCUUCAAUACUCUUGUGAUUUAUUUUCCUUUCCGUUGUCUUGAGCAGUUUUUGAUGAUGAUCAGAUAGCAGCACAUGAAUCCCUGAAACAGAUGCAGCUUUUAUUGAAACUGUUAGAGAGCUCGUGUUAUUGAACGUGACUACCUAUGAAGCCGACAAUCACCGCCUUGUGUUCUCGUUUUCCUCUCUGCAUAUAAAUUUGGACCAGUUCUAUUUAGUAGAAUUGUUUCUUUCGUAACGGCACAAUCCAAUUUAGAAAGUCUCACAGUUUAAUGUACACAUUCAACUCUUGUGAUUCUGCUUCAAUCGAACUUGAUGCAAAUAAUAUUAGAUUUUAUUCUCCUCAUAUCCAGCCCAAAUUAAGUUGACAUUUUUUUCUUUUACAAGCAAUGUUUUGGCUCUAUCAAAUGUAAAGGAUUUUGCCUAUUUGUAAUGUAGCAAAUGCAAAUAGUACCACUUGUAUGCGAGACUGUGAAUUUUAAUCAAAUCGAAGUCCUUUUUAUUUAGUGAAACUAUUGUACCUUUUGUUUUUACUCCUUUUUUUUCUUUAAGAACAAACUGUAAAAGUCCAUUUUAAUUCAUCAUUGGGUGUCAAUUUGAGGAGGUUUACGUUUUUGUUUGUCCCAUUUGACCAAGAGGCCUAUGAUUUGUAUGAAUACUUUUGCACAGGUGUUUUUGUAUUGCAGUCAUUCAUUAAAUGAUGUUUGAUUUA